UGCCUGUCGUCUCUCUUUAUCUCGAACGAUACAUAGAGAGAGUGCGACGGUCGCUUCUCCUGGUCCUCCUCUGAGGACUGGUCUGUUCUUCUAGGGUUCUGUCUCUCGCUCCCUCUCUCUCUCCCUUUCUCCGCCUUGGUUGGUGUUCGCCCCUGCUGCACAGAUGGCCGGCAACAAGGCGAUCACCUUGGAGGAGAUCAAGAACGAAACCGUCGAUCUUGAACGGAUACCGAUCGAGGAGGUGUUCGAGGAGCUGAAAUGUACCAAACAAGGCCUAUCGUCGGAGGAAGGAGCCAGCCGGCUCCAAAUCUUCGGCCCCAACAAGCUCGAAGAGAAAAAGGAGAGCAAGAUUCUCAAGUUCUUGGGCUUCAUGUGGAAUCCUCUUUCGUGGGUCAUGGAGAUGGCCGCUGUCAUGGCCAUCGCGUUGGCCAACGGCGACAAUAAGGAUCCGGACUGGCAAGACUUCGUCGGCAUCAUCGUUCUCCUCGUCAUCAACUCCACCAUAAGCUUCAUCGAAGAAAACAAUGCUGGUAACGCCGCCGCUGCGCUGAUGGCCGGUCUCGCUCCCAAGACCAAGGUUCUUAGAGAUGGCCGCUGGAGCGAGCAGGACGCAGCAAUUCUUGUGCCAGGUGAUAUUAUCAGCAUCAAACUCGGAGAUAUCGUCCCUGCUGAUGCGCGGCUGCUCGAAGGUGAUCCGCUGAAGAUUGAUCAGUCUGCCUUGACUGGUGAAUCCCUCCCAGUCACCAAGAAUCCCGGAGACGAAGUGUUCUCUGGCUCGACCUGCAAGCAGGGUGAGAUCGAGGCUGUCGUCAUCGCGACCGGCGUCCACACCUUCUUCGGGAAGGCAGCCCAUCUGGUGGACAGCACGAACCAAGUCGGGCACUUCCAGAAGGUCCUGACAGCCAUCGGUAACUUCUGCAUCUGCUCCAUUGCGAUCGGCAUGAUCGUGGAGAUCAUAGUCAUGUACCCAAUUCAGCACAGGAGAUACAGGAAUGGGAUCGACAACCUGUUGGUCCUAUUGAUCGGAGGCAUCCCGAUUGCCAUGCCUACCGUUCUGUCGGUGACCAUGGCUAUCGGGUCGCACAGGUUAUCCGAACAAGGCGCUAUCACGAAGAGAAUGACUGCCAUAGAGGAGAUGGCUGGCAUGGACGUUUUGUGCAGUGACAAAACUGGCACGCUGACCCUCAACAAGUUGAGCGUCGACAAUAAUCUGAUCGAGGUGUUCACAAAGGGUAUGUUUAAGGAGCAUGUAAUCCUAUUAGCUGCUAGAGCAUCAAGAACAGAGAAUCAAGACGCUAUCGAUGCUGCCAUGGUGGGGAUGCUUGCGGACCCAAAGGAGGCAAGAACUGGUAUCAGGGAAGUACAUUUUCUCCCCUUCAACCCUGUCGACAAAAGAACUGCUCUUACCUACAUUGAUGCUGAUGACAAUUGGCAUCGUGUAAGUAAAGGUGCACCAGAGCAGAUUUUGAACCUUUGCAACUGCAAAGAAGAUGUCAGGAAUAAGGUUCAUACAGUAAUCGAUAAGUUUGCUGAACGCGGACUUCGAUCUCUAGCCGUUGCAAGACAGGAAGUUCCAGAGAAGUGCAAAGAGAGUGCAGGAACACCAUGGCAAUUUGUGGGUUUGUUACCCCUGUUUGAUCCCCCGAGGCAUGAUAGUGCAGAAACCAUUCGAAGAGCUCUCAACCUUGGUGUCAAUGUGAAAAUGAUCACAGGCGAUCAGCUUUCUAUUGCCAAGGAGACAGGCCGGAGACUUGGAAUGGGAACAAAUAUGUAUCCUUCCUCUUCAUUGCUAGGUCAAAACAAGGAUGCAUCAAUUGCUGCACUUCCUGUUGAUGAACUGAUAGAGAAGGCUGAUGGAUUUGCAGGAGUAUUCCCAGAACACAAAUAUGAGAUUGUGAGGAAGUUACAGGAGAGGAAGCACAUAUGUGGAAUGACCGGAGAUGGAGUCAAUGAUGCCCCUGCUUUAAAGAAGGCUGAUAUUGGUAUUGCGGUUGCUGAUGCAACAGAUGCAGCAAGAAGUGCUUCUGAUAUUGUUCUUACUGAACCUGGUCUUAGCGUCAUCAUCAGUGCUGUCCUUACUAGCAGAGCUAUUUUCCAGAGGAUGAAGAACUACACUAUCUAUGCUGUCUCUAUCACUAUCCGUAUUGUUCUCGGAUUUAUGCUUAUUGCACUUAUAUGGAGGUUUGACUUCUCACCCUUCAUGGUUUUGAUCAUUGCCAUCCUAAAUGAUGGUACAAUUAUGACAAUUUCAAAGGACCGGGUGAAGCCAUCUCCAUUGCCUGAUAGUUGGAAGUUGAAAGAAAUAUUUGCUACAGGCAUUGUGUUUGGGAGUUAUUUGGCAUUGAUGACUGUUAUUUUCUUCUGGGCCAUGAAAGAUACUCACUUCUUCUCGGAUAUAUUUAAAGUUAGGUCACUUAAAGACAGUGAGGAUGAAAUGAUGGCUGCUUUGUAUCUGCAAGUUAGUAUUGUUAGUCAGGCUCUUAUAUUUGUUACACGAUCACGCAGCUGGUGCUUUGUUGAGCGCCCUGGACUUCUUCUAGUCAGUGCCUUUAUCAUUGCUCAGCUUGUUGCAACAGUCAUAGCUGUCUAUGCUGACUGGGGCUUUGCACGGAUAAAAGGUAUUGGAUGGAGAUGGGCUGGUGUUAUCUGGAUUUACAGCAUUGUUUUCUUCUUCCCUCUGGAUUGGUUCAAAUUUGCUAUCCGCUACAUUCUAAGUGGAAAGGCUUGGGAUAACCUUCUCCAGAAUAAGACUGCUUUCACUACCAAGAAAGAUUAUGGUAAGGAAGAAAGGGAAGCUCAGUGGGCUAUGGCACAACGAACUCUUCAUGGACUUCAACCCCCUGAAACCACCAAUCUUUUCUCCGACAAGAGUAGCUACAGGGAACUAUCAGAAAUUGCUGAACAAGCCAAAAGGCGCGCUGAAAUCGCAAGGCUCCGCGAACUGCACACUCUGAAGGGACACGUCGAGUCAGUGGUCAAGCUUAAAGGGCUCGACAUCGACACCAUCCAGCAGCAUUACACCGUAUGACACCCAGCAUGUGAAGAAGUCUCAGAUGAAGCAAAAUCGAUGGAAAGUGAUGGUGUUGAAGAUGAAGCCAUUUCUGAUUUUAACCGAGUAGCAUCCUAGUGUCUUCUAGUUCUGUGUUGUGCCAUAUUCAUUUUAAUGCUUCUUUUCUGUCUCAUAAUAAUGCCAACUUGCUAUUUUUAUCUACCGUGAAUUUUUGUGUUUGUGAUUGAUCAUUCGCUAUUCAUCGAUCUUCAUGGCAGUUGGAUGUUGUUGUUAUUCCACUUCCAGUUUCAUUUGUUCCACACUGUAU